UGAAGGGAAAUUCACGUGUGGGUAUUUUAACCUUAGAGCGUACACGCAGAAGUUUCAUCAAAAAGGAACAAAUUCACGGCUUGGAGUCAUGGGUCGGAAGUUGGAUCCCACCAACAAGGUGAAGAGAGGGCCAGGGAGAAAAUCCAAAAAGCAGCAAGGAGCAGAGACUGAGUUGGCCAAGUUUAUAACUGAUGAGGAAGCGACAGCACCAAAACGCCUGUCAAGUCGAGGCAGGAAGAGAGCUGCAAAAAGAGUCCAGAAAAAAAAGCCGAAAGAUGCUGUUGAGGAAGAGCCCAAGAAAGGUUUCACUGAUGAGAACAGUCAAUGGCUGAAACCGGCAAAGAGGAAGAGAGAAAGUGAUGAACCUGAAAGUGAUGAUGACAGUGAUGAGCACUGGGAGCAGGACGACGAGGAGGAGGAGGACGAGCAGCAGGAACAGACAAAGAAGGCAGCAAAGGACCAAGGAAAGAAGUGUGCCAAACUAGGAAUUAAAGAAGAGGAGGAUGACGACGAUGAUGAUGAAAUGGUUGACGACUACGGUGCAGUUGAAGACAGCAGUGGUGAUGAAGCAGCAGCGGAGGAAGACAGUGAUGGAGAAGAACUUCUUCCCAUUGAGCGUGCAGCUAAGAAAGAGAAAAAGAUGAAGGAAACCGCGGCUCAAGAGAGUGAUGAUGAUGACGAUGAGGAGGAGGAAGAUGGUGGUGAUAAGGAAAAUAAGUCAGAUGCUGACUCUGAUGAGGAAGAUACAGUACAAGCCAACAUGGAUGAAAUGGAUGCCUUCAGGCUACCUGAUGCAGAGGAAUCUGAGAAAGAAAGUAUCCUCCCCCUGGACCUGAAGACAAUCUAUGAAAGAAUUAAGGACAACGUUGAUGUCCUUUGUAAUUUUUCAAAAAAAAGGGAAGUAGGGAAAGCACGCUCGGAGUACAUUUCUCUUCUGAAGAAGGAUCUCUGCAUGUAUUACAGCUACAACAACUUUCUCAUUGAGAAAUUAAUGGACCUCUUCCCUCUCUCAGAGCUGGUUGAUUUCCUUGAGGCCAAUGAAAUCCAGAGACCGGUCACUAUUCGGACCAACACACUGAAAACAAGAAGGAGGGAUCUUGCCCAGGCUCUGAUCAACAGAGGCGUGAACCUUGAUCCUCUUGGGAAAUGGUCUAAAGUUGGUUUGGUCAUCUAUGACUCCUCAGUACCUGUUGGUGCAACCCCAGAGUAUCUGUCUGGUCAGUACAUGCUGCAAGGAGCCUCCAGUUUUCUGCCCGUCAUGGCGCUUUCUCCACAAGAGGGAGAGUUGGUGUUGGACAUGAGCUCAGCUCCAGGAGGCAAGACCACCUAUAUUGCUCAGCUGAUGAGAAACACCGGGAUGAUCGUGGCUAAUGACGCCAACGCUGACAGACUGAAGAGUGUUGUGGGCAACGUCCACCGCCUGGGGGUCACCAACACCGUGAUCUGCAACUGUGAUGGAAGGCAGUUCCCAAAGGUGAUGAGUGGGUUUGACAGAGUGCUGCUUGAUGCGCCGUGCUCAGGCACAGGAGUCAUCGCUAAAGAUCCAGGUGUGAAGACCAGCAAGGACGAGGCCGACAUCCAGCGAUCUGCUCACUUGCAGAAAGAACUGAUUCUGUCUGCCAUUGACUCUGUCAAUGCCGAGUCUGCUUCAGGGGGAUAUCUGGUCUACUGCACGUGUUCAAUAAUGGUGGAGGAGAACGAGUGGGUGGUAGACUACGCUUUAAAGAAAAGAAAUGUCAAAUUAGUUCCCAUUGGACUAGACUUUGGCAAGGAAGGCUUCACCAGGUUCAAAAAACAUAGAUUCCAUCCUACUCUGCGACUGACUCGACGAUUUUACCCUCAUUCCCACAACAUGGAUGGAUUUUUUGUGGCCAAGUUCAAGAAAUUCUCCAAUGUAGUUCCAACUGCGACGGCAGGAAAAGACGAUGCAGAUGCUCCUGAGGCGACUGAAGAGAUACCAUCCAAGAGUGACAAGAAAAAGAAGACUGUUCCCGGCAAGGGAGGCGACUUAAAGGGAAAACCCCAAGCCAAUGGAACAGCAGCCAAGAAACCCGCAAACAUCAAGAAAAAGGGCAAAAAGGACUCACCUGCUGGACCAAAAAAGGCAAAGAUUGCCAAGAUGGCUGGAGAGACUGUGCAAGGAGCAGAGACCAAGAAGCCUGCGGCGAAGACAGCUGACGACACGAAAGCAUCAACGGCUGGAAAAAAGAAAGGCAAAAAGCCCAAAGCAGCCGUGAAGGCAAAUGGCAGAAUGGGAAAGAAUAAAUUCAAAAAGUUGAUGUACAUGUUGAAGAAAACAGGCGGAGAAUGACGGUGUGUACGCCGUGAUGAACAGUACCAGAUUGUGUAAAGGCUUUGCCGAGCUUCCUUGCAGACCGAGCUCCAUUCAUCCAACUAAUGUGUUUGUGCUGUUCUUGCCCAGCAGCGAUACGGUUCCACACUACUGUGUGUACGUGUGGGUCAGCCAGAUGUUAUCUAAUGCCCACCAUGCACAAUGGUUGGCGAGGACCUAACUUAAAUUGGGUCCUUUUUUUAUGUAUUCCAGAAUAUUCAUAAUGUUUGUCUGUUGAUUUAUGUGCAGGGUCGGGACAACGUCUAUGAAUCUGUGAAACAUAAUAAAUAUUUUAAGAUACCGUGA